CCCGCGCUGGCCUGUCCGGCCCCGCCCCCGCCCCGGGCCAUGGCCCAGCCCUUGUCCCGGCCCCUCGUCCUAUCCUCAUCCAGCCCUUGGACCCCAGCCCCGCCCUCGCCCCGCUUCCCAAAUCGGCCCCAGCCCGGACCUGGGUCCCAGCGAACGCCCAGAUCCAGGUCCCAACCCAGGCCCCGCCUCCUGUCCCAGUCCCCGUGCCUGCCCUGGCCCCGGACCCCUCCUCUGCCCUUGUUCCACCUCCUUUCACAAAUCCCGGUCCAACCCCUGUCCCAGCCCCAUGCCCAGUGUUUGCUUAAACCCGGGGCCCAAACCCUGCCCUUGCCCCAGUCCCCGUUACAACCCCUCCUUCCAUCCCAUUCCCUGCCCUUGUUUAAGCCCCGGUGCCCAUUAUCUCAUCCUUUGCCCUCAUCUCUGUGUUUACCCAAGUCUCUCCCACUACCUACCCCUCUCUCUCAUACCCUGCCCCUCUCCCAGCCUCGACUCAGGUCUGGGCUCCAGCUGCCUCCAGCCUUAUUGCUGCUGUUGCUGUUCUCUGUCCUUGGUCCGGGGGCUGGAGGCCUCUUCCUGACUGACUACUCCACGUGCUCACCCCGCAAGCUGAGUCCCUUCCGCUCCUUUGCCAGCACUGAGCUCUUCCACUUCCAUGUUCCCGAGGACACAUUCCUGGCUGUUUGGAACCUCAUCAUCUUCAAGGAGCAGGGGGGCACCUUUGGGGACCACUGCCCAGACCAGAGUGUGACUGUGUAUUUCCGGUCCGGGGCACCCCCUGUCAUCAAUCCCCUGCACACACACUUCCCAGGGGACACGGCUGUGCCUGGGGUUUUCUCACUGACCCUCAGCUGGACACUGCCCAACCGCACCUCAGGCAUCUUUAACGUCAGCAGCCCCUUACCUGGGGACUGGUUCUUGGCUGCUCACCUUCCCCAGGCCCAUGGCCACAUCUCUGUCAAGGGUCUCCAGGAUGAGUGUCAGUACCUUCUUCAGCCGCAGCUAAUUGUCCGCCGUUUGCUGGAUGUUGCUGUGCUGGUGCCUGGCCGUCCCUCAGAGCAAACUCUCUCCGCUCACAAUCGCUCAGCGCUGUACAAGGUCUUUGUGCCCAGCUUUACUUACAGGGUUUCAGCACAGCUGGUAUGUGUGGGGAGUCGUGGGGUGUUGGCCUGCCCACUGACAUUGCGCCUACGUCCCAAGGCCCCACCUCUGCACAACUCAAGCUCUGUGUCCUGUGGAGGUGCCUCAGUAUGCCAGCUGGAGCUGGCACUGCCCCCCUGGGGGCACUGGGUCUACGUGCGUGUGGAGAUACCAUCCCGGGGUCCUGGCAGGACCAUCCGCUUCCAGCUGUGUGUGCGGUUGCAAGAGUGCCCACAGCCCAGCCUGUCCCGUGUCCUCGUCCCUGGAGCUGCCAUGAACAUGCCCCAGUCCCUGGGCAACCAGCCACUGCCCCCAGAGCCGCCAUCCCUGGGGGCCUCUGCGGAGGGGCCUGGGGCCACAUCCCCACCAGAGCACUGCUGGCCAGUGCGCCCAACACUGCGCAAUGAGCUGGACACCUUCUCCGUCCACUUCUACAUCUUCUUUGGCCCCAGUGUGGCCCUACCGCCUGAACGCCCUGCAGUGUUUGCCCUGAGGCUGCUACCAGUGCUGGACAGCGGAGGUGUCCUCAGCUUGGAGCUCCAGCUCAAUGUGAGCUCCCUGCUCCAGGAAAAUGUGACAGUGUUUGGAUGCCUGACUCACGAGGUGCCCUUGAGCCUGGGGGAUGCAGCGGUGACCUGUUCUAAAGAGUCCCUGGCUGGCUUCCUCCUCUCCGUCAGUGCCACUUCCAGAGUGGCCAGGCUGCGAAUCCCUUUCCCACAGACUGGGACCUGGUUCCUGACCCUGCGCUCCCUGUGUGGGGUGGGGCCUCGGUACGUGCGGUGCCGGAACGCCACGGCAGAGGUGCGGCUGCGCACUUUCCUGUCCCCUUGCGUGGAUGACUGUGGGCCCUACGGCCAGUGCAAGCUGCUGCGUACGCACAACUACCUGUACGCUGCCUGCGAGUGCAAGGCCGGGUGGAGGGGCUGGGGCUGCACCGACAGUGCAGAUGCGCUCACCUACGGAUUCCAGCUGCUGUCCACGUUACUGCUCUGCUUGAGCAACCUCAUGUUUUUACCCCCCGUGGUCCUGGCCAUUCGGAGCCGAUAUGUGCUGGAAGCUGCUGUCUACACCUUCACCAUGUUCUUCUCCACGUUUUACCAUGCUUGUGACCAGCCAGGCAUUGUGGUUUUCUGCAUCAUGGACUACGAUGUGCUGCAGUUCUGUGAUUUCCUGGGCUCCUUAAUGUCCGUGUGGGUCACUGUCAUUGCCAUGGCUCGUUUACAGCCUGUGGUUAAGCAGGUGCUGUAUUUGCUGGGAGCUAUGCUGCUGUCUAUGGCUCUACAGCUUGACCGGCAUGGACUCUGGAACCUGCUUGGACCCAGUCUCUUCGCCCUGGGGAUCUUGGCCACAGCCUGGACAGUACGCAGCGUCCGCCGCCGGCACUGCUACCCACCCACGUGGCGUCGCUGGCUUUUCUACCUGUGUCCAGGCAGCCUGAUUGCAGGCAGUGCUGUCCUACUCUAUGCAUUUGUGGAGACUCGAGACAACUACUUCUACAUUCACAGCAUUUGGCAUAUGCUCAUCGCUGGCAGUGUGGGCUUCUUGCUGCCCCCACGAGCUAAGACUGACCACCGGGUCCCAUCUGGAGCCCGGGCCCGGGGCUGUGGUUACCAGCUGUGCAUCAAUGAGCAGGAGGAGCUGGGCCUUGUGGGCCCAGGAGGGGCCACUGUCAACAGCAUCUGUGCCAGCUGAGAGGGACUUUGGGCCUGGCCCUUGGGGAACAUGAACCCUUCCUAGGGGCAGAGAGCCCUUUCUGGGAGUGUGGAACCUACCCAGGGAUAAGAGACAGGUUGUAUUUCUUGAGAACAUGGAGUGUUUCUUAAAGACAAGGAGCUCUUCUACGGACUUGGCGUGCUUCCUGAAGGCCUGGAGUCUUCCUGCAUCCAUGGAUCCUUCUUAAGGACUGGAGCCCAUGCAGGCCCCAAGAGCCCCUCAGGACCAAGGAGUCCCUCAUAGGGGUGUAGAGUCCUUCCUAGGGAUAUGGAGCCCUCAUAAGGACCUGGAUUCCUUCCGAGGGAGACAAAGCCCUCUCAGGACAUGGCAUCAUUCCCGAGGAAAUGGAGUCUACCUUGGGGAAACUGAAUCUCCAGUUGAUCUUCCCAGCAGCUCAGCAACUCUGGCCUCAGGCUUCCUUCCCAAGGCAGCGUCUUGGCCAUGCUGUGCCAUGCUAUGCUGGGAGGGGGAUUACAGGACUGAUGGGGCUGGGGCAGGAGUGACUGGUAUUCUGAGUUGAUGCAGGUGGAGUCUGGCGUGUCUCCAAUGAAGUAUUUGCUGGA